AUGCCUCUUCCUAAGAAAGGUUUAGUUAAGGAAGGAUCUUGUUCGUCUUCAAUGCAAAGAUCGAUUUUUAACACAAAUGUUAAAAAUGUCGAUGAAAUGAAAGCUCUCACGACUUGUUCACCGAAAGAAUUGAAGGAAAAGUUGGAUAAAAAUAAUAAAUUACUAGAAAACGAGGAGAUCAUUUCAAAAUUAGCCGAUAAAGGGCAAAAACUUCGUGAAAGGAAUAAACUUAUUAGUGAAUUACUUCAGAAGCAUGAAUCAAACCUUUCAACCUCCACUAGUGAAUUGGAAAAUUUGAUAGGCAAGAUGAACAUUUGUGAGGAAGGCGCAAAACAAACUUGUGUAAUGUCAAAGAUAACUCCUGUCUCGCUUGGGAAUAAAAAAAAAGGCCGAUUUUAUAACCCAAGUGCCAAAGCAAAUCAAAUUUCAAUUGAAGAGUCCAUUAAACUACAAGAAUGUCAAGAAAGGUUACAACAGGAAAUUCGAAUACAUGCAUUAUCCGAGAAAUUCCAACACAAGACUGUAGACAAAAAGGAUCUUGGAUCCAAUGAUGAGACAGGCAAACAAAUCACUACUUUAACACACUUCUCUCAAGAAAAUAAUAAUGACCAGAAGAUCAAAACAUUACUUCGACAAAGGUCUUUGCUUUUUUGGUUGGAAGCAAAUAAACGAAAACCAAAUACAACAGCCCGACUUCAUGACAAAACAGUGAUAAAAGGAACAUUUAAAGCAGUGGAUGCGAACGAAACAAAAUUUCGGUUUGAAAAUUGGGAAUCACCCGUCGGAAUUUAUGAUCAAGUAGUUAUACGUGGUAGUGAUAUAGAAGUUUUAGAAUUAGAAUUCACCGAAUAA